UCCAGUCAAGCAAUCAUCAAUCUCCCGACGCUCUACCGCUCAAGUAGGACAAGGCAAGGUAGGAACCCACCUAUUUAAGUACAGUAGUGCAACCGAGAGAGUAGGUAGACCCCUGCCGACAUCUCCAACAUGCCCCUCAGCUGUGACGUCUAAAUCUCGUCCCUUUUCCGGGGGAGAAAAGCAAUCUAAAAUUCCCCAAGCAUCACCUACAAAGUUAUUGCCUGACAACCUACCACACUUAAUUUCCAUUGAACCAUACCGAUCAACAAACCGACCCCCCCGAUAUUCAGUCAAAUCACAAGGCGGUUAAUAUAAGCUCUUUACAUCUGGGGGAAAAAAUAUAAUGAACAAUUUCGGCGUCGUCGAGGUCGCUAGCACGCGCACCACAAACGCGCCAGGAUGGGCAUACGUCCCAGACACGGGCAUCAACCCGGCCGUCGCCGCGCUGCAGCCCACAAACCGCAAGCGCGCAGCCCGCAAUAACCGCGCCUCCGGAAAACCGAGCCUCACAGACCUGUCGGCACGGCAAGAGGCUGCUGUGCGCAAGGAAGUCGAGCAGCUGGACCGGGAUGCAUUCAAGGAUGCUGCCAUCGCUGUACCAGCACGCACUGGUGGGAGUAGAGCUUCCAACAAGCACACACCCAACGUCCGAAAGAUUCUUAUGUCGCAAAAGACAUUUGCCAACCACGUCAGCGACUACGAAGCUCUCCAAGGCUCCGCCGAUGCCACCUCUUCGGCCACCACGCCGCGUCCCUCGCAACCCCACACACCAGCAGCGUCGACGCCGGCGCCCACAAGCCGAACAAGCAGCUCGACAAACAAAAAGAAGAAACCAGCACCCGCCCCACCGCAGCCGCCACAACCGCCAGCCGCUCCGGACGUUGACGACGUCGACAUGACCGACGCCCCGCCCUUGCAAGGCGACCGGACCAUUCUACCCCCUUACACAGGCAGGACGCCCGCCCCUCACCGCCUGGACGACGACCCGUUGCUGAAAAGUCACGUCCCUAAAGUUCCAACGGACGAUGACCUCCGGCCUCUAUUGCUUGCCCCGCCCAUGCCCUACCCAGAAUUGAUGGCACGCGCGAGCGCCGCAGAGGGUGAAAACGACGAGGAGGACGACUCAUCGGCCCGCAGAAGGUACCCGAUGCGUGUGUUCUGUUCCGUGUGCGGAUAUUGGGGCAAGGUCAGGUGCAUCAAAUGCAACACACGCGUGUGCGCGCUUGACUGUCUUGAGGUGCAUCGUGAAGAAUGUGUCACUAGGUACGGGCUGUAACGAGAUACUCGAUUCCUUGAGUAUCUGUUGACGGUGGAACCGUACUCCUCGCGAAGUUUUCGUUUGUACUGUGCUAUACUGUACUACCAAUAUCUUGAUACCCGUAGAGCAAUUUAAAACCGAAUGUUUCAUUGUUUUGUACA